AUGAUUCCGGCAGCAACUGCGAAGUAUGACUGGAUCCUAGCCAUUACCACAAUCGCUUUCGUGGUCAGUGCCUUCGGUAACGGUGCCAACGAUGUCGCCAACGCCUAUGCCACCUCCGUCGCGGCCCGGACCCUCAACAUGGCCACGGCCGGUGUCCUGGCUGUAUUCACCGAGUUCAUCGGCGCAGUAGCCAUGGGCUCACGAGUCACCGAUACAAUCAAGAACGGCAUCAUCGGCAUCGACCGCUUCGAGGGCAAGCCCGGUGCACUCAUGCUGGCCAUGGGUUGUGCCGAGAUUGGCAGCGCCUCGUGGUUGAUGCUCGCCACACGAAUGGGCUGGCCUGUCUCGACGACCCAGACUAUCGUCGGUGCCCUCAUUGGCGUUGGUUUUGCGAGCCAGUCUUCUAUCAGCUGGGGCUGGGCAGAUGGCAGUGUCUCCCAGGUCGCUGCAUCUUGGGGUAUUGCCCCUCUCGUCGCAGCUGGAUUCUCGGCCAUAAUCUUCGGCACUGUCAAGUACAGUGUCCUUGAACGUCGCGAUUCCCUCAAGUGGGGUAUGUUCAUGAUUCCAUACUACCUUGCCAUCACGGGAGCCAUCCUCGCCCUCUUCAUCGUCAUUGAAGCCCCCACCGCACCCUCGUUGGAAGCGUUUGGUGCUGGCAAGGCAGCCGGCAUCAUUGUGGGUGUGUUCGUAGGCUGUCUCUUCAUUGGCUACGCUUUCUUCAUUCCAUAUUUCAAACGCCGUCUCAUCAUGAACGAUAGCCGCGUCAGGUUUUAUCACAUUCCUCUCGGUCCCUUGCUCCUGAAGGCAAACCCACCGCUAUACUUCCCAGGAAAGGCCGACCAGGCCGUGGUCAGCUACUAUGAGGAUGCUUACGGUGAAGUUCGAGCCGGCCAAAACGACACAGAGAAGGAAAACGUCCUCUCGAAUGCAGACUCUGUCACGGCCUCGCCGGACAUUAAAGCAAAGCCCAACCCGCCACAAAUAGGAAAUGACGAGGAGAAGACCACACCGGCAGCCCCUCCACGGAAGAGGCACAUCGAGCCAACUGAACGUUUCAUCGACCCUGUCCGACACCUCUCUUGGGCAAACCCCCAGAAGGCCUACGGAUAUCUCAAAUGGUUUUUCCUUCAGGGUGUCACACGCGAUGUGGUCUCACACGACUCGCCUGAGCUGCGGGCAAUCCACGCGCGUGCCCACCGCUAUGACGACCGCGUCGAACAUCUUUGGACAUACUGCCAAGUUGUGUCGGCUAUGAUGAUGUCCAUUGCGCACGGCUCGAACGAUGUGGCCAAUGCCGUUGGACCCUGGGCUGCUGUUUACAGCACUUUCCAUGCUGGCGUUGUCGAUACCGACGCUCCUACCCCGGUCUGGUUCUUGGUUGUUGCUGGUCUGCUGCUCGGUCUUGGAUUCUGGUUCUACGGAUACCACAUCGUUCGAGCUCUUGGAAACAAGAUCACACAGAUGUCCCCAACUAGAGGGUUCUCAGUCGAGCUAGGCGCCGCGAUAACCGUGAUGUUGGCUUCGAGAUUGGGUUUGCCAGUAUCCACGACCCAGUGCUUGACUGGUGCCUCGAUGGGUGUGGCUCUCAUGAACUAUGACUUGGGCGCCGUCAAUUGGAAGCAGCUCGGCUUUAUCUUCUGUGGCUGGGUCCUGACUUUGCCUUGUGCAGGAUUGGUUUCCGGACUUAUUUGUUUGCUCGCAUUGAAUGCUCCUCAUUUGUAA